UGGUUGCUUUGGGAGAAGCUUACUAGAAACGCGUAAUCAAGAGAAGGCACUGGAAUGAAAGCAAUCAUAAUUUUUAUUUCACUUCUCCAUGCGGGGAUUUUGGCCUGCGAGGGAGCCAACCCUUGCUGUUCUCAACCAUGCCAGAAUCGGGGUAUUUGUACGAGUAUAGGCACCGACUCGUAUGAGUGCGACUGCACAAGGACUGGAUACUACGGCGAGAACUGCACCACUCCGGAACUCUUCACGUGGAUUAGAACUAAACUGAAACCAACCCCGAACACCGUGCAUUACAUUCUUACACAUUUUAAAGGAUUCUGGAACAUCCUGAACAACAUACCGUUUUUAAGGGAUACCAUCAUGCGUUAUGUGUUGACAUCUCGGUCACAUUUAAUUGAUAGCCCUCCGACCUACAAUUCCGAUUAUGGUUACAAAAGCUGGGAAGCCUACUCAAACCUCUCGUAUUACACACGAACCCUGCCUCCUGUACCUGAGGAUUGCCCAACACCCAUGGGAGUUGCAGGGAAAAAAGCCUUGCCUGAUGUUAAGUUGGUGGUGGAAAAAUUUCUGUUGAGGAGAAAGUUUAUCCCAGACCCCCAAGGCACCAGUCUGAUGUUUGCUUUCUUUGCUCAGCAUUUCACCCAUCAGUUUUUCAAAUCAGAUAUGAAGCGAGGGCCAGCCUUCACCAGAGCACAGAACCACGGAGUGGACUUGAGCCACAUUUAUGGUGAAACCCUGGAGAGGCAGCACAAACUGAGACUCUUCAAAGACGGAAAGCUGAAAUACCAGGUUGUUGAUGGGGAGGUGUACCCCCCUACUGUAAAAGACGUCCAGGUGGACAUGCACUACCCUCCCCACGUCCCAGAGGAGCACCGCUUCGCUGUUGGCCACGAGGCUUUCGGCCUGGUCCCGGGGCUCAUGAUGUAUGCCACCAUCUGGCUGCGGGAGCACAACCGCGUCUGCGAUGUGCUGAAGCAGGAGCACCCGGACUGGGACGACGAGCGCCUCUUCCAGACCACCCGCCUCAUUCUGAUCGGCGAGACCAUCAAAAUUGUGAUCGAGGAUUACGUUCAGCACCUGAGCGGCUACCACUUCAAGCUGAAAUUCGACCCCGAGCUGCUGUUCAACCAGCGCUUCCAGUACCAGAACCGCAUCUCAUCCGAGUUCAACACACUCUACCACUGGCACCCGCUGAUGCCUGACGACUUCCACAUCGAGGACCAGGUCUACAGCUACCCGCAGUUCCUCUUUAACAACUCCCUGGUCAUGGAGCAUGGCGUUCGCAAUCUGGUGGAGUCUUUCACUAAGCAGAUCGCCGGCAGGGUGGCUGGUGGUCGGAACGUGCCUCCAGCAGUGAUGAUGGUUGUCAUGAAGUCCAUUGAACACAGCCGGCAGAUGCGCUACCAGUCCCUGAAUCAGUACAGGAAACGCUUCAUGAUGAAGCCGUACACCUCAUUCCAGGAUCUGACAGGAGAAACAGAGAUGGCAGCAGAGCUGGAAGAGCUGUAUGGGGACAUUGAUGCCAUGGAGCUGUACCCUGGUCUGCUGGUGGAGAAGCCAAGGCCCAAUGCUAUCUUUGGGGAGACCAUGGUGGAAAUGGGAGCUCCAUAUUCCUUGAAAGGACUCAUGGGGAACCCUAUUUGCUCUCCGGAGUACUGGAAGCCAAGCACCUUUGGUGGGAAAGUUGGAUUUGAAAUCGUUAACACCGCCUCCCUGCAGAAACUGGUUUGUCGCAAUGUCAAGGGGCCUUGUCCAGUGGCGUCCUUCCACGUGCCUGAUGUAAAAGAUGCAGGGUCAGCCACGAUCAACUCGAGCACGUCGCACUCUAGACAAACCGACUUAAACCCGACUGUCAUUCUGAAAGAAAGAACCUCUGAGCUUUGAUAACCACAAAAGAGAACAAAAUAGUAAAUCCAGUAACUACUGGAAA